GACAGACCGACAGCCAGCCCGAUAGACCGAUAGGAGAUCGGUAGUUUGUACUGCGGUAGUUAGGCAAGCCAGGCCAGGUGGGGUAAGGUACUGUAGCACGGUAGGUCUGUAUCUAUGUCAGGGCGAUGUCAUGCAGCGAAUUGAAUUGAGCCGGCGGCGGACGGACGGGUGUAUGCGUACCUACCUACAGUAAGUAUAUAGAUAGUGACUGGUAUAAACCUGCUGGCUGCUUGGCUGGUAGGGUAGCUCUGUGUGCUAUAUAUAUUUUAUAUAUACACGCCUAGUCGGACGGAUAGACAGACAGCCAGACAGACAGCCAGACAGACAGAAAGAAAGACAGAAAGACAACCACACCACCGCAACCAUGUCCGUCCACACCAACACCAACAACACCGAUAUCGAAAAGCCGCCCCUCCCCCCAACCACACCCCCACCACCACCCACACCGACCCUCGGCACCGUCACCACCACCACCAACCAAGCGCCCCCCACGCAGCAGCACCAGCUCCUCGCACACAGCCACGACGCCGACGCCGCCCUCGCCGCCAUCACCGCCGCCCAAGCCGACAACCCCAAUGCCGCCGUCUCAGCUGGCGCCGAGCUCGACGCGCCGACCCAGCGCCGCCUGCUGCGCCGCAUCGACGCGCGCUUGAUGCCCCUGCUGUGCGUCGUCUACGGCCUGAACUAUCUGGACAAGACGACGCUGAGCUAUGCCUCUAUCAUGGGCAUCAAGGCCGACCUUGACCUGAGCGGCGACGAGUACAGCUGGCUGGGGAGCGUGUUUUAUUUCGGCUACCUCGUCUGGGAAUACCCCACCAACCGGCUGCUCCAACGCCUCCCCCUAGGAAAAUACUCGGCCUUCAACAUCCUCGCCUGGGGCAUCGUGCUGACGAGCUUCGCAAGCGUCACCAGCUUCGCCGGCGCCCUCAUCGUGCGCUUCUUCCUGGGCGUCUUCGAAGCCGCCGUCACGCCCGGCUUCGCCCUCUGCACCAGCCAAUGGUACACGCGCAGCGAGCAAGGCACCCGCACCGGCAUCUGGUUCAGCUUCAACGGCGCGGCGCAAAUCGUCGGCGGCCUGCUAGCCUACGGCAUCGCGCGCGGCGCGGCCGCCCACGGCGCCGCCAUCGCCCCCUGGAAGAUCAUCUUUCUGGCGACGGGCCUGCUGACGACCGCCACCGGCGCCGUCUUCCUCUUCGUCGUGCCCGACAGCCCGCUGAACGCGCGCUGGCUCGCCCCCGCCGACCGCGUCAACGUCCUCCUCCGCAUCCGCGGCAACCAGCAGGGCGUCGGAAACCCGCACUGGAAGGCGUACCAGGUGCGCGAGGCGCUGCUGGACCCGCUGACGUGGGCGUUUUUCGCCUACGCCCUCGUCGCCGACAUCCCCAAUGGCGGCCUCACCAACUUCUUCUCUAUGCUCAUUUCCUCGUUCGGCUACACGCCCGAGCAGUCGCUGCUGCUGGGCUGCCCGGCCGGCGCCUUCGAGAUCGUCGCCCUGCUGCUGGCCGGCUGGCUCGGCGACCGCUUCGGCAACCGCCUCCUCAUCUCGACUUCCGGCCUGCUCUUCUCCAUCUUCGGCAUGGCGCUCGUCGUCGGCUUGCCUGAGAGCAUGAACGUCGGCCGCUUGGUCGGCUACUACCUGACGCAGACGUCGCCGACGCCGUUUGUCGCGCUGCUCUCGCUCAUCUCCACCAACGUCGCGGGCUACACCAAGAAGACGACCGUCGCUGCGCUCUUUCUGAUUGGGUAUUGCGCUGGCAAUAUCAUCGGGCCUCAGACGUUCCGCGGCGACAAUUACGUCCCCGCAGAGAUUACUAUCCUCGUGUGCUACGCCGUCGGGUUAGGCAUCAUCUUGUUCAUAUACGCGUACUGCAAGCACAUGAACAGGAAGAAGGCAGCCAUCCGCGCCCAGCCGCACUACGUCAAGCUGGAGAACCAGGAAUGGCUCGACUUGACGGAUCGAGAAAACCCCGAGUUCGUGUACACGCUGUAGGAGAGCAGGAGCCUAGUCUGCACAUGGCAUGCCAUGGCGUGAGUGAGUAGAAAAACCAGCGUCACCAAGUAAAAAGAAAAGGAGAAAGGC